AUGUUACCAAGGAAAUUCGAUAUUGUCCAUCCGAAAGAUUUGCAGUUUCUGGAGUCAUAUGACCACUUGGUCGUUGAUAAUCCGCACGUAGGGGACCCCCGAAAUUUACAGCACACUCAGUGGAAUUAUUGCCGAUUGCGUUACGCUCUGUUCUGUCGUUGUUGCAAAGAGCUUGGAGAAGGAAAUCCUCGCUGCAAGUACCAAUAUUAUAGAGCUGAAAUGGCGUGCACUCAGGACUUCUUAGACAUCGCAAACAAGUAUCGUGACAAUGGUAGGCGUGGAUUUUUGUCACAACAAAACCCAGGCACGCACUCUACUGACAUUCUACCAAGCCGUCAAGUUCACAAUAUUAGACAAUGA